CCUGUCGCGUUAUGUCCAGAUUUCCCGAAUGCUGGCGGCUAAAACAGCGCUGGCUAUCCGAUACGACGCACUUGGCGAGGACACGAACGCAGAAAUGGGAGCAGAGAACCGGGCCAAGCUGGAGGCCAGACUACGACAGCUGGAGGACAGAGGAAUCCGAAGAAUCAGCGGAACAGGCAAAGCAAUGGCAAAGGCAGACAAAUACCAGCACAAGAGCGAGGUGAAAAUCUAUGAUCCAUCCGGCGACUCGACAAUUCCGUCCACCUCGAAAAAGAGGAAAUUUGAGGAAGUCGAGGGGGAGAAGAGUGAACAGGACCCUGUACCUGUAACCAAGUUCAAAAAGCCCAAAAAGGAACCGGUAGCAGAAGAGCAAGAGGUCGAAACGGCAGCAGAGUCUCCCAAGAAAAAGAAGAAGAAGAAGGAAAAGAAGGCAGAGGAGGAACCUGAGGAGCCAAAGGAAGAAGAUGAGGAGAUACCAAUCAGUGAGGAGCCAACAGAAAAGAAGAAAAAGAAGAAAAAAAAGAAGGUGAAGGAGGAAGAGGAUGAUUGAAGAGUUAGCAUAGUGUAUAUUCUUUAUUUUGGCUUUUCUUUCUUUAUACAUUUGUCUCAAACAUUUUUAUCUUCAAAAAGGCACAGCAGUAUUAUGGUGCCUAUUCCCUGGCAUGAAAGACGAAUGUGAAAUUCGGCAGAUCUCAUUUUAUGGAUGAGAGAGAGCGUCGCUCCAGUCAUGAGUGAAAUCUCACGGAGUUUCUAAUGUUUCUUUUUUAUCCGUUUAAUUUAGCUGUUUUCAUGUUGAGACGUCUGUAUGAAAUGAGAUCAAAUGUGAAUGACGAGACAAAUAAAUGGAGAUUUCUCAUUUGA